AUGGCAGAAAAGAUCGUGGAUGAAAAUUUUGCAGACGAGCUUGCUCAGACAACGUGGCGUGACGAUGCCUGGCUUGCCUUUUAUCCACUGAACGUCUUCACUGCAUUGGAUUACUUUGCGCUAUCCCCCUUCUAUGAUCGCGGCUGUAAUAACGAGCUAGCCAAGCUUCAAGGAGGGGGACUGACAGCACCAGUGAUGACAUGCCACUGUGCUCGCAGCACGCUACCACCUGGGGUGGAGUACGAGCUGCAGGAUGCACAGGAGCCUCACCUUUUCAUCAUCCGCAAGCAGCAUCGGUCUGGACCCAAGACCACUGCCACCCUGCAGUUUUACUAUAUUCUGGAUGGAAAUGUGUAUCAGGCGCCUUCCCUGCAUGCAGCUCUGUCAUCCCGCAUCGUGAGGCACCCUUCAUCAUACUAUUUCACCCUCACAUUCCUCGUGAAAUUGUUUUAUGCACGGCUGUGCCAGCCACAUGCAAUGCUGAAGACUGUGUGCGGGCGCAGAGCCGAUGCCUGCACAAUGUGCGCACAGCGUUCAAUCUCAUGCAAAGCGACCUGGAUCCCCUCCUGA